AUGCCGAGGUCUGCUCAGCAACAAAGCGCCAAGUCAUGCAUGGACCGCUGUGAGAAUGGCUUCGACUCCAAGAAGGAUUGCCAGUGUGACACCAUGUGUCGGUACUACAAGAGCUGCUGCUCAGACUACGAGACCGCAUGUCAUAUGAAAACACGCGGGGACACCUUUGAAUUUGCAGAGGAUGACGAUGGUCCAUUUACCCUACAACGCCCGCCUUCCCGACCCAACCUGAGGCCGGGGAAUCCAGCUCCAGCCAACAUAGGCAACUCACACGCCUCAGAACCCCCAACACCACCCCUACUCCUGCCAAAAUUGCCACAAAGAUACAACCACAGAGGAAGUGGUGACGACACACAAGGCUCCGGUAGUAGACCCAGAUGCCAGCCAUGCAGCAGCAGGCCCUGGGACUCCCUAAUGCAGCUCAGAAACGGCUCUGUCUACGCCUUCAGAGGGGAGUGGUUCUUUGAGCUGGAUGAGAAGUCGGUGAUGCCCGGCUACCCCAAACUGAUCCAGGACAUCUGGGGUAUCAGAGGGCCUAUAGAUGCUGCCUUCACACGUAUCAACUGCCAGGGAAAGACAUACAUGUUCAAGGGUAACAAGUACUGGCGGUUUGAUGAUGGUGUGCUGGAGGAGGACUAUCCCAGGGAUAUCAACGUGGGCUUUGAGAAGAUACCAGACGACGUGGACGCAGCCUUCGCCAUAGCAGCCCCUGGACACCACGGCAAAGAGAAGGUCUACUUCUUCAAAGGUGACCAGUACUACCAGUAUGAGUUCAAGCACCAGCCAUCACAUGAGGAGUGUAUCAAGAUGUCAGCUGGGUCUCCCUCCGCUCUGUUCACAGCCUACACUGACAUCUACCACAACAACUGGGAGGAACUCUUCAACAUGCUCUUCAGAGGCAUCCCCAACCACCAUGGUGGGCAUCGGUUCAUCAACAAGGACUGGAUCGGCAUCAAGGCCCCAGUGGACGCUGUCAUGACAGGGAGACUCUACAUCACCCCCAGGUCACUGGCCCCACCCCUGUUCCCACCCUUACCCCCUUUACGGGACCACAACGACGGGAGGCGCCAGCCAUGGGACCAACAGUGGGGGCAGUAUGGUCAACAGGAUCAGUUAAAUGGACAGCAAAAUGGACAACAAUAUGGACAACAAGGACAACAAUAUGGACAGCAGUGGGAACAGCAGUGGGGCCGCCGCAGAAGUAGGCGCCAGUCUUACUGGGGUGCCGGGACGGGAAUGACUAUGGGGCAGGCGUUCGCAGAGAAGGGGAUGGAUAUGGGGAAAGGAUUCGCUGAGAAGGGUAUGGAUCUCGGUCGGAAGCUGGCGGAGAGGGGGAUGGCUAUGGAGGGGAUGUUUGGAGGGUGGGACAUGCGCCGAACGGAUGCCAGGGAUGGAGACAGAGACAGGGAUAGAAGGAGGGAUGACCAGGAUAGGAGGAGGGAUGACCAAGACAGGAGAGGAGAUGGAUACAACUAUGACUCCAGAUACAACGCUGAGGGGAGGGCCUACUGGGAGUUUGUCAACAAGGGCCAGCCAGUGCAGAGCGUCUACUUCUUCAAGGGAGAUAAAUACUACAGAGUGGAUCUGAAGACCAAGAAAGUGGACCCAGCCAGCCCUCCUUACCCCAGGUCCAUUGGCAAGUACUGGCUGGGCUGCCCUGAAAAACACCUGGAGGCUGAGAAGAAAUAGUUUCACAACUGGAUAAAGAAACAUAUGCAGUAUGUCAAAACAUGUUUUACAUCAAAGACUCAAAUAGACAGUAAUUUAAAGCUAGAUAAUUAGAAGAAUCACUUGAAAAAUGAAAGGAGAGCCGCACACUCUAUGAGCUCAGAUGCAAUACUUUAAUAACCUCAUAUCCAAUGUUUUGAUAGACAAGCUGAUACCCYGAUGAAGGCAGCUUGUCUGUCGAAACGUUGGAUAUUAGGUUAUUAAAGUAUUGCAUCUGAGCUCCUAGAGUGUGCGACUGUUCUACUACGCUAGCCAGCGCCUCUCCUAAAUAGGUGUGCGUUUCUUUCGCCUCUAAAUUAGAAGAAUCACGUCACAAAAAUGUUCUGAUAUGAGGACAUUUCUCUUUGUACCUGGAAUACUUGUGUGUAAUACUUUUAUAAUUAAAUAUUUUCUAGCUGUAAA